CGCUGUAACAUCCACAGAAAGAGCGUUGUAUGCAUCUUUCCUCUUUUCAGAUCUUGGAAUGGGAGAGGCAGGCGCAGGUCAGGCAGUGGCUCCUUCCUGUGACCGACAUGCAAAGGAAGCUUUGCCGUUGUGGGAAGUACCCAGCAUUCUGAGAAACUUCUGUCAUGUUCUACCGUGAAUUCUUUCUCCCACUUGGUCUUCUUCAAUGAGGCAUUGCCCUAGAUAUCUUCCACAAUUGAUGCUUAUUAUACCCUCCCGAAGCAACACCUAUGAUGUCGGCUCCAUCCAUUCAGGCAUUCUAUCAAAGGAAUACUCCUACCACGCCUCGGGAUGCUGCGAGAGAUGGGACGGGAUUUCCGCGAGCCGACGGCUUCACACAAGCAGAAGUUGAGUCUGGAAAUAACCCCCUUGGCCGUGUCCGGAACUCAUCGGAAGAAUACUUGGAGGUACAUAUUGGACAAAUUGAGCCGGGCCCGAAUCGGAUAUGCUUCACCGGCCGCGUCGUCAACUACACACCGGCUCUGCUCGACGCCAAGAAUAACUACAGUCGCCCGGCACAUCAGCUGAUUGUCGUUGAUGGAACUGGCGCAAUAGCAGUAAAGGUAGUUCCAAUCGGAAUUCCAGCAUCACUUCUUGUGAUAGGACAGCUCGUCACCAUAUGGGCCAGUUGGGUAGGAUCCGCAGGAGGUUCACAUUGUGCCAGUAUUCCAUAUGUGACCAUGUGGACGCCCAUCAAUCCCACGGACGUUGGAACCAAGCAGUUCAUUCAGUUCCUCCCAGACACUGUUGAAAAUCAACAACUCUACAGAAUACCUUUGGAAUGCAACCGAGGCAAACAGGACCCCAAACCGCUUCCAGGCUUGAUGACUCUCUGUCAAUACCUCAAAACGGGACACGAAACUACAUGGGCUCGGAUUGUUGUCUGCGUCAAGAGCAUCGGAUCUCGGAAACGUGUGAAGUCGCGAGACAAAGUGAGAGAGUGGGAACUUCUCGAGAUCACUGUUUGGGACGACACCGCCAGCUGCGUGUUGACUCUCUGGGAAGACAAGGCCAACUCCGCCAGGUUCUGGAAACCCAACGAGACGAUGCUACUCUUCACCAGUCCGAAAUUUGUACCCCCUUCCGACAACAAGUCCGGCCCCUUGAGUGCCAGCAUCGGUCUUGAUCACAAUACCUUGAUUGAUGUCGAUCCUGACUUCCAGGAUGCCAACUGGCUUCGACAGUGGGUGAAGAAGAGAGUCAAGAAGGAGAGUAUCUAUGUGCCGUUUCCCAAAGACAUAUGGAAUGCAGAAGAAGCUGUCCAUGGACUAAUUCGGGCGCUCUUCACCUUGGCCGAGGUAGAUGACUUCGCUCGCGCUGACCCGGUCAGUGACUUCACAGGCAAGCUAAACCUUACCAUACUCGGUAUAGACCUUCUGGGUCUUCAUCGCAGAAAGAUGCUUUGCUGUAUAGAGUGUUGUGGAGUUCCGCUAUAUGCAAACCAAACGUUCGCAACGUGCAAGAACUGCUUGCAGGAGAAGUCUCUCGUUCUUAACCCCCGAAUCAUGGGUAUCCUGGCAGACGAAACAGGUUGCGUUGCACAGGGGAAGCUUGUCUGGAGUGACCAGGCCUGGAGCGAGCUCUUCUUCCCCGCCUUUGAGUCGAGUGGCACGGAGAACACGGAGCCGGAGGUAGCGGGAGAGGCGAAGAUACGUCCGUCUUUGCCUCGUCCUGUCGCGUCGUGGGAAGAGCUUACUUUGAAGGACGCCACUGGAUUCCGGAUUUUGGAGGAGCAAAUGUUGUACGCUCGUUUUACUUUGACAUUCGGCUAGUCUCCGUUUGUCGAACGGCUGUGUGUGCUUGGAGUUGAGUGGUGAAGGGUUCGUAUUUUUCAAGAGUGGCUCAAAAGCGGGGGUUGCAGUUCUGUUUCGUCAUGGUGUUGGUGGUGUAAAGGGGUGCUCAGCUGGCGACGAGCGGUUAGGACAAGGAACUCAGAGGACGUAGCCCGCGUAUUGAGGGGAAUGUGAAGAAAGGCAGAUACGGCGAGGAUUUUGCUC